UAGUACAACAAACAAACGUUUUAAUUUUUAUUUUUUAAAAAGAGGUAGUUAGCAGUACAACACAACAACGUUGUACUAUCUCACACGCAGAGAUGUUAAUUUGUUUUUGGUAAAACGAAAACAAUUCAAAUUCUCUUGCAAUGCCAAACACACAUUGUUAGAACAUGCAAGACAGCUCAACGUAAUUGCAUAAUUCAAUUACAAUUCACCGAGGGAAGAACACAAUUCUUGCCAAUUACACUCAAAGAGUUCAAAGCAUAGCUUGUUCUUCUCUUGAAAAUUCUGCUUUUUUCCACCUCCAGCUGAAAAUUCAGAGCUGAAGAUUUGACGAAUCCAAUGAACAAUAUAAACAAUGAAGAACUCAAAGAAGCUGAGAAUUCUAACAGAGAGGACCUUGAAGAGGCUUCCAUUGAGCCUGAGGAUGUGGCUAAGAUAGUUCCAUGGACGAGGCAAAUCACAAUCCGCGGACUAGUAGCUAGUAUAUUGAUUGGAAUUAUUUAUAGUGUGAUAGCAAUGAAGCUGAACCUGACAACUGGAUUAGUCCCCAAUCUUAAUGUUUCAGCUGCACUACUUGGCUUUGUGUUCAUUAGGACCUGGACUAAGAUCCUUUCCAAAGCCAAUAUUGUUUCAACACCUUUCACUAGGCAGGAGAAUACCGUAAUCCAGACAUGUUCAGUGGCGUGCUACACACUUGCAGUUGGAGGUGGUUUUAGUUCCAAUCUCUUGGCCUUGAAUCGGAAGACAUACGAGCUAGCAGGGGUUGAUACAUAUGGAAAUAGUCCUACUAGCAUCAAGGAUCCUGGAUUUGGCUGGAUGUCAUCCUUUCUCUUUGUAGCUAGUUUUGUUGGGCUAUUUGCAUUGGUCCCCAUAAGAAAGAUUAUGGUAAUAGACUACAAAUUGACUUAUCCCAGUGGAACAGCUACCGCUGUUCUUAUUAAUGGGUUCCAUACUCCUAAAGGAGAUGCCAUGGCCAAGAGACAGGUUCAUAGUUUCAUGAAGUACUUUUCAUUGAGUUUCCUAUGGGCCUUCUUCCAAUGGUUCUAUGCAGGUGGAGAUCAUUGUGGAUUUGUUCAAUUUCCCACUUUUGGAUUGAAAGCCUGGAAAAACUCCAGAUUUUACUUCGAUUUUAGCAUGACUUAUGUUGGAGCAGGAAUGAUUUGUUCCCAUCUUGUAAACGUAUCCUUGCUUGUCGGUGCUGUGGUUUCAUGGGGCAUUAUGUGGCCACAAAUCAGGGGACAAAAGGGAGAAUGGUUCCCUACUAAUCUACCAGAAAGUAGCAUGAAAAGUCUAAAUGGCUAUAAGGUCUUUAUUUCAAUUGCCUUGCUUCUUGGUGAUGGGCUCUACAAUUUUGUGAAACUUAUCUGUUCCGCAGCCUUGAGGAUACAUGAGAACAAGAAAAGAAAAAAUCUUGAUACGUGUUUGCACAACAAGAAUCAGCUGCCUCUUGAUGAUCUUAGAAGGCAUGAAGUGUUUCUAAGAGAAAGUAUUCCAGUAUGGUUGGCAGCUGCAGGGUAUAUUUUCUUCUCCGUCGUUUGUGUCAUUGUAAUCCCUCUGAUGAUUCCCCAGUUGAAGUGGUAUUAUGUGGCGGUUGCAUAUAUUCUUGCACCUGCACUUGGCUUCUGCAAUGCAUAUGGUGCAGGCUUAACUGACAUUAAUAUGGCCUAUAACUAUGGCAAAGUGGCGCUCUUUAUGGUUGCGGCCUUGGUUGGAAAGAACGAUGGUGUAGUUUCUGGACUCGUGGCCUGUGGCUUGAUCAAAUCAAUUGUUUCCAUUUGUUCCGAUUUGAUGCACGAUUUCAAAACCGGCCAUCUAACUUACACGUCGCCUCGAUCAAUGCUUUUGAGCCAAGCAAUCGGCACAGCAAUAGGUUGUGUUGUUGCACCUCUGACAUUCUUCCUUUUUUACAAGGCCUUUGAUGUAGGGAAUCCAGAUGGUGAGUACAAGGCCCCAUAUGCCCUCAUAUACAGAAACAUGGCCAUUCUUGGUGUUGAAGGCUUCUCCACCCUCCCCCAGCAUUGCUUGCAACUUUGUUAUGGUUUUUUCGCGUUUGCCAUAGCAGCCAACUUAGUGAGGGAUCUUUCCCCCAAGAAAGUUGGAAGAUGGAUUCCACUUCCAAUGGCAAUGGCUGUCCCUUUCUUAGUUGGUGGAUACUUUGCAAUCGACAUGUGUGUAGGUAGUUUGGUAGUGUAUGCUUGGCACAAACUAAAAAGUGAGGAGGCAAGUUUGAUGGUUCCUGCAGUUGCUUCUGGUUUGAUCUGUGGUGAUGGAUUAUGGAUUCUACCUUCAUCAAUUCUUGCCUUAUUUGGGGUUCAUCCCCCAAUGUGCAUGAGCUUCUUUUCAUCCAAGUAGAAUAUCACAAAGGACCUAUGUUACUACCUAAGGUAACUAUGGUUAUAAUGUUGUAGAAGGAAGUUAUUAGUUAUUAGGAAUUUAAGUUAUAAAGAUGUAUAGCUCUUAGUCAAAUGACAGUUUAGAGUUGUUGUGUAAAUAAGUUCGGCUGAUACUUGGUGUAAUUGUUGACAGAAUUACUGCUUCCUUAUUCUUUUAUUUUCUUUUCGUUCUCUUAA